AUGACCGUUAACGAUGGGCAGCUGUUGUACGUGUGUUCCCUCAGUGUGGUGGUGACGGGCUUACCGGCAGUGGCGCUGGCCUAUAACUCCAGCAUCAGGCGUCGCGUGGUCGUGCGUAAAAGAAGAAUAGCGAGACAUUCUCUGCCAACAGCCGUGGCCGCUCAUAAAAUAUUGCUAUGUCUUAACUUUGCCCUCAUUUCGUCCUGGCAGGAUUCCGAGGCGUACAACUUCGCGUUCGAGGUGGGCGAGGGAGCGCGCUACAGACAGGAGGAGCGACGCUCGGGGGAGACGGUAGACGGGCAAUAUAACGUACUGCUGCCCGACAACCGUAUUAUGACCGUCCUGUAUUCCGUCAAUAAGACCACGGGCUUCCGACCUAAAAUAACUUUCCGGAAUAUCGACGGCGGAAACAUCGUUAUUGAUGAAAAGAAACCCAAGGCUAUGAGAAAUAUCAAUGGUGUAACAGUGCUGGACGAAAAUGUCCAAAAAUCAAGAACGGCAACUACUAAGCUUCCGAAAACAAACGUUCGCAAUUCAAAAGUUGAAGUACGCAGUCAAAAACAGCGACGUGCCAAUAAAGUUGCAUUGCCUUUUGAUGAGGAUAAUCAAAAAAGUUUCGCAGAAUUGGCACCCGAAAUUAGUAAAAGGGAUAAGUUAAUGGUACCAAAAAGCACAUCACUGUCAGACAACAUCGUCGGAACAGUUGAUAUUCUUGCAAACGUAACUCCAGAGCCAGAAGCUUCAACUUUAUCCCCGUCUGUAUUGGCACGUGAAUUACGAAGACAUGCACAGCGAAAGAAUCGUACUACGCAAAGUAUUUCCGACAAAGACCCGAGAAAUACAACUCCUUCAGAACUACAAGCAGAUCGAAAUUUGUUGGACAAAGUCAUCAACUCUUGGCAAGUUAUUAAGAACGAGGAAGUAGAUGAAGAAAUUUUCGCUUUCACUACGGACAAAUUACCUCACACAAAAAGUGAAGUUUCACAGCAGGGAUCUGAGAAAGAGGAGUCAUCACUUAAAAGAAAUCUAAACUCUCGACAGCCACAACCAGAAUUACAGGGGCAGUUACAGCAAAGGAAUCGUCUAACAAUCAGACAAUCUGUCGCAAGGGCGCGAGCUGAAAAUCAUGCAGGCACAGCGGUCUCUCUAACAACUUUCAAACAUGAUGGGUCACCUAAUGAUUCUCGCAAAGAAAUCCAAUUAUCAGAACCUGUUACCAUUGGCAAACUGUUCCGGGAACAAUUUAAACGUUCAUUAAAUUUAUCACGAAAUGAUUCCGAACUGGUUCCAGAGGAUGUUGUGAACAUCUCAAAUCAUGAGAGUGCAAAUCAUGAAGAAACUCAAAGCGAAAUCCUCGAACUGAACACAAAGGACGAAAAAUUUAUAGAGAACCUAGCCGAAAAUCCUAUUCAGGGUUUUAAAAAGACAACACAGAGACCCGCCUCGUGGCCAGGUUUGGCUGGUUCUGUCAUAGCUUACAAAUUUGACGAAAAUAGCCAACAGAAAAAUGAGAGAGAUCAUGAUCUUUUGACUGGCACUCCGUUCGAGAGGCUACAAGAAUUGAUAGCACCAAACGAAAAGGUUCAAAUUAGUGAAGAUGAUGAGGCAGCAGCGGAAGCAACUAAUGGAUCUUCGAUCGGUGGCAGCGCUUCAUCUAAUUCGGUUUCGAUCGAAUCAGAACAAGACACCAACAUACAAUUGGACACUGAAGCUCACUUUACUGGUAGCCGACAAACAGACAUGGAACUUUUCACCACGGAAACUAUUGAAUUAGAGAAAUUCAAAGAUUUCCCUCAUCCGGAAAGUUUGUCAGUAGCCCUGGUAGCGCCUCACUUUGAAACGGCAAAAGUCCAGAAAAACAAUCCCGCGAACUCCCUUGGAAUUAUAGCCAUUGGAAAUAUCAAAAGAGAGGGGAACUCGGAAACAAGGUUCAGCAACGAUUGGUCACCGUUUUUCAGGGCGUUUUCUACACCUGCACCACAAGGGAAAUUCCAAUGAAUUAAAUAUCCAUAAUUUAAUAUCCAAUAACUAUAACUAAGAUGCAUCACUUGUAGCAAAGAUAAUUAAAUCACAGGAGAAUUUCCAAUGAAUUUUGGUGUAAAGUCUCAAUUUUCUUGCCAGCAUAUUAGCUUAAUGUUUUAGAUAUACGGUAGCGAGCAGGCGCACCGCAUAUUUUUCUAAUGAAUUCCAGUAACGCGUCGAUGACGAUAA